AUGCAGUUCCUGGGCCGUCUUUUGGACACUGUGUCCUCUGUAUCCACACUGUUCACCAACCCUUACCGAGUGAGGGAUGUGCAGCUGUCCGACUACGGCGGGGGAGGGAAAAUCAAGCUGAGACAGGAAGGACGUCUGGUUCUCUAUAAGAAUGCACAGUACCAGUCAUGGGAUUGUGUUCUUAUGUGCCCUGACACACCUGCAGCAGCUCUGAGGCUUUUCCAGGUGGCGUCAGAAGAGGACGCCAUGAACUGGUUCCCGCAGUAUGCACUUAAGCUCCCACCUUUCUACGACACUCUCCCACCGAUGAAAGCCGAGACAGCCCAGAUAAUCGUGGACUGCCUGCGCAACCACCCGGAUUGGAGCACCGCUCACAUCGCCGUGGACACGGGGCUCAGGGAGUGUCUGAAGCACAACCAAGUACAAAGUGAGAUCAACAAAAGGGAUGUGCUCGGUCAGACGCCGAUGCAUCUGGCAUGCGAACGAAGUGACGCGGCUUGCGUGAAAGAGCUGCUGGAGGAGAGCCAGGCUCGCACGGACAUCCGAGACAACCAGGGAGAGACGCCCAUGCACAUUGCCGCCAAGCACGACUCCCCCGCCGUCAUUCAGAUCUUGUGCUCACGCUUGUGCUCGGGCGUGAACGAGCUGAACAACAUCGGGGAGACGCCACUUCACGUGUCCUGCCGUCUGGGACGAGUGGAGGCUGUCAAAGCGCUCUUGGGUGGCGGGGCUAAAUGCAACGUCCCAGGUGGUGUUGGCUACCCGAUCCACUCUGCUAUGAAGUACAGUGAAAAGAGCUGUACAGAAGAAAUCUUGAAAGCAGACCCUGACCAGCUCCACGCAGAGGACUCUUUGUAUGGAGGCACGCCCCUCCACUGGGCUAAAACAGCCGAGAUGUGUCGCAUGCUGCUGGAGCGAGGCAGUGCCAUCAACUACCUCAGUAAGACAGGCGAAAGUGCCCUCCACAUUUGCACCAAGAAGGGUCGCUUCGAGGCCGCUAUGGUUUUGCUCACGCAUGGCGCAAAUGCAAACCUGAAAGGACAGGACGGCAACACGGCGUUGCACUUCGCGAUGAAGAUGGAUCACAUGGAGUUGAUCAAAGCGCUAAUAGUGUUUGGGGCCGAUGUGGAGAUCCACAACGAUUUGGGAGAGACGCCGGGACUGAUCGCUGCUCGGACCAGUAAAGGUCCCAAUAGAAAAAUACUGCUGGAUAUGCUGUGUAGUGUGGGUGUGCAACGCUGCCUACCUCCCUCACCAAGCAGCCCCCCACCCAUCACCAACAAGGCUGCAACUCAAGGCAUAGGGUUUGAAGACAUAAUGCAUGUUGGGGCUGCGUUCGCUGCUAUGAGCGGAGGCAAGUCGGAGGUGGACGGUUCCAAGAGGAGGAUGGAUACUCUGUUGUGUCUGGACGGUGGUGGAAUCAGGGGGCUGGUUCUGAUCCAGAUGCUGAUCGCUCUGGAGAAAGAGGCCGGCCGGCCUAUCAGGGAGCUCUUCGACUGGGUUGCCGGUACCAGCACAGGCGGCAUCCUGGCCCUUGCCAUAGUCCAUGGGAAGUCAAUGGAGUACCUCCGCUGCUUGUACUUUCGAAUGAAGGAGCAGGUGUUCAAAGGCUCCAGACCUUACGAGUCAGCUCCACUGGAGGACUUCUUGAAGAAAGAGUUUGGAGAGAAUACCAAAAUGGCAGAUGUUCAGUACCCCAGGGUGAUGGUGACCAGUGUUCUAGCCGACCGCCACCCAGGAGAACUCCACAUUUUCAGGAACUACGACCCUCCUGCUACCCACAGAGAGUCCCCGUACGCCACUACAGCAACCUUCAAGCCCCUCACCAUCCCUCAAGAGCAACUUGUGUGGCGAGCGGCCCGCUCCAGUGGCGCCGCCCCAACUUAUUUCCGGCCAAUGGGACGCUUCCUGGACGGAGGGUUGUUGGCCAAUAACCCUACGCUCGACGCUAUGUCAGAGGUCCAUCAGUACUACAAAGUGAUGAAAGCGGAGGGUCAUGGAGUUCAGAUCAAGAAGCUGGGUCUAGUUGUUUCUCUUGGAACUGGAAAGCCUCCUCAAGUGGCGGUGAGUUCCGUGGAUGUUUUCCGGCCCUCCAAUCCUCUGGAGCUAGCUAAGAGCAUCGUAGGAGCUAAGGAGCUGGGAAAGAUGUUGGUGGACUGCUGUACUGACUCAGAUGGUUGCGCUGUGGACCGAGCCAGUGCUUGGUGUGAAAUGAUCGACACCAUCUACCACAGACUUAGCCCACAACUGUCCCAGGAGGUGAUGUUGGACGAGGUGAGCGACGCCAUUCUGGUGGAAAUGCUUUGGGAAACGCAGAUGUACCUGUACGACAAGCGAGAGGUGCUGCAAUCCCUGGCCAAAGUGCUAUUGGGCAAUUAG